AUGGAUGAUGAAGUUGUUUCUGAGACUCCUGUUCAAGCUUCUGGUAGUGUUGAUUCUAGUAAAAGAUCUAAUGUUUGGAGAUUUUUUAAGAAGAUUGGAAAAGACAGAGAUGGUAUUAAAAAGGCUGAAUGCAAUUUUUGUCAUCAUGAAUACAAAAUUGGAAAAAAUCCAAAAACUAAGAAUGGUUACGGGACUUCUCAUCUGAGUCGUCAUAUAGUUUCUUGUAAAUCUAUACCCCUCAAUAUUAGAUUUGAUGAUGAUAUAGAGGGUUUGCCAACUAAAAUUGAUCAGAAUGUUCAUAGAAAAAAACUCGCUCAGGCUAUAGCAAAACAUGAUCUUGCGUUUAGCUUUGUUGAGUAUGAGGGUAUUAGAGAUUGGAUUAAUUACAUUAGUCCAACGAUUAUAAUGCCUUCUAGAAACACUUUAGUUUCAGAUCUUCAAAUGAUUUAUUCAACAGAGAAAGAGAAAUUGAGGCAGAAGAUGUCUAGGAUACCUAAUAGAAUUUGUUUGAUAUCUGAUGUGUGGACAGCAUCUACCACUGAAGGAUAUAUUUGUCUGACAGCUCAUUUUGUUGAUGAGAAUUGGCGACUAGUGAGUAAGAUUUUGAAUUUUUGUCGAAUGAUUCCUCCCCAUACUGGAACCGAUAUGGAAGCAGUCUUAUUUAACUCUUUGAAGCAAUGGGGGUUAAAGGUGGCUGCUGGAGCUUUAUUUAAAAUAAGAGAGAGUGUGAAAUAUGUGAAAGCUUCUGAUGGGAGAAUGAUGAAAUUUAAAGAUUGUGUGCAGCAAGCAGAAAUUGAAGAAGGUGUUGGUCUAAAAUCAGAUGUUCCAACUCGAUGGAAUUCUACAUAUAUGAUGUUGGAAAGUGCAAUUAAAUUUGAAAAAGCGUUUGACAUCCUUAGUGUUGUAGAUGAAGCUUAUAAAGAUUGUCCGACAAAUGAAGAAUGGAGCUUAGCAAAAAAAAUGUGUGAAUUUUUAGAGCCAUUUUAUGAAACUACAAAUCUCAUUUCGGGUUCAUCAUAUCCAACAUCAAAUUUAAUGAAGAUGAAGUUUGAUAAAUAUUGGAAGGAUUAUAGCACUGUCUUGGCUUUUGGGACAAUUCUUGAUCCUCGAUUAAAGUUAAAGUUCUUGAGGUUUUGUUACAAAAAACUAGAUCCUUCAACCUUUGAAUUGAAGGCAAAUGAAGUAUUGGAGAAAUUUAAAAGGUUGUAUGGAGAGUACAUAAAUACUUUUGGUGGUUCAACCAUUUCUCAAAGUAGUAAUCAAUCUCCUAUGUCACCUGAAGAAGGAAGGCUUACAAAGAAGAGCAAAAUGGUGAUGAAGGAGUUCAGAGAAUUUGACUGUGAAACCCAAACUUCCAAGGAUAAAGAUGAAUUAGAGAUUUAUCUAAAAGAAGGUUUGAUUCACACCAAUGAAGAUGAUUUGAAGUAUGAUGUGCUGAAUUUUUGGAAGAUUAAUGAGGAUAGGUUUCCCACUCUGUCAGUUAUGGCCAGAGAUGUUUUAAGUAUUCCCAUCACUACGGUAGCAUCUGAGUCUGCAUUCAGUAUUGGUGGACGUGUUUUAACAAAAUAUAGAAGUUCCACUCUUCAUGCGCAUGUUCAAAUGCUUAUUUGCACAAGGAGUUGGUUACGUGGAUUUGUUCCAAAUCAUGAUGAUGAUGAAAUUGGUGAAAUUCAUGAAGAAGAAGUGUCAACAGAAACGAUGCAUCCCUCUCAAUAUUCAUAA